AUCAUCAUCCUAUGGUAUCUGUGGUAUAAGUUUGGUCGAUUGAGAAGAAAAAUCAAACAAAGGAAAAGGAGAUAAAAUACUCAAAGAUAUGAAUAAGUACUCUUGGGUUUGGGUAUUACUAUUAUGUUUCUCAGUAAUCCUUAACCUGUUACUUGCUAGUUAUGUGCUUAUUAAUGAAGGCAAUAGUAAGAUAUUAAGUAUUUUGAGAAGCAGUGAUGAAGAAAACGAGUUGAGUUGGACAAGAAGAUCAGCAAAAGAGGCUGAAGAUGUAGCUUCAAUUUCUUGUUCUGGUGAUGGUCGUGCUUUCUUAGAUGGUAUUCUAUUAACUGCUAAUCAUUUGGAAGGAGCAAACGGAGGCGAUCCACUUCCAAGUUGCGAGUGCAAUUCUUGUUAUUAUGGCGCUGAUUGCUCUCAAUUCUCUCCUGAUUGUCCUGCUGAUGCUGAUAGUGGGGAUCCGAUAUUUCUGGAGCCAUUUUGGAUGAAACAUGCUGAAAGUAGUGCGGUUAUGGUGGCUGGGUGGCACCGCAUGGCUUACAAAUUUGGAUACGAGCAUGGUACUUUCAUUUCAAAGGAGCUCGAGAGGCUUCUUAGAGAAUUGCAUGCAACGGUUGGAAAUGCAAAUACCACCGGAAAGUUCAUGGUUUUCGGUGCUGGAUCCACACAACUUCUCAAUGCAGCAAUUUAUGCACUUUCCCCUCAGGAUCCACCAUCUCCCACCAGGAUUCUUGGAUCCAUCCCUUUUUACCCGCUCUACAAGUCCCAAACAGAUCUCUUCAACUCUAAGAACUUUGAAUGGGAAGGAGAUACAUCUAUGUGGAAGAAUACGUCGUUGCCGUCAGAAUAUAACUCGUCCGUGAAUUUCAUCGAAUUUGUAACUUCUCCGGACAAUCCAGAUGCUGAACUGAAGGAACCAGUUCUUCUUAAAGGCCCAUCUGUUAAAACAAUUUUUGAUCACGCUUAUUAUUGGCCUCAUUAUACUGCUAUUCCAGCUCCUGCAAAUGAAGACCUCAUGAUCUUUACUCUUUCUAAGCUUACUGGUCAUGCAAGCAGCAGAUUCGGGUGGGCAUUGAUAAAGGAUCAAGAAGUGUAUGAAAGAUUUCUAAACUACAUGACCUUGAAUAGUUUUGGUGUUUCUCGUGACUCCCAGUUGAGAACUUUGAAGCUUCUGAAAGUAGUACUUGGAACUGGGAAAGAGUUAUUUGAAUUCGGACACAGAACAACAAGGACUAGAUGGGAAAGCUUAAACAAAGUCCUAUCUGCAUCAAAACGUCUUUCCCUUCAGAAACUCAUCCCUCGAUAUUGUAAAUAUUUUCAAAAUGUCACCGUUCCUUCUCCAGCUUAUGCGUGGGUGAAGUGUGAGAAAGAAGAAGAUGAGAAUUGCUACGAAGCACUGCUAAGAGAUGGUGGUAUAAUUGGUAGACAUGGAAGCAAUUUCCAUGCUGAAAAUCGUUAUGUACGUCUAAGCCUUAUCAAGAGUCAGGAUGACUUCGAUUGGCUACUUAAACGCAUGACAGCCCUAGUUUCUCAAGAACAAGUGCGUGAAGGAUAUGGCGGCAAAACAAUCUGAAUAUCCAUUGUAGUGGAUAUCAUCAGUUAUAUCAUCUAUCGAUGAUAGAAUUACUAGCUUGUUUAAUAUAACUUCACUUUGUCUGUAACGAAGUUGGUAAUCAACUACAUUAAGAAAAACAAGAAUGUAUGUAUCAACUAGUCCUUUAUGUGCAAUGCAAUUAUAUCUAGAAAACCCAAACAAA